AUGGCGAUACUACUAGAGAAUAAGGAAGAAUGUUCUGGUCUUCUCAACGAUAUUAAUGAGACCAUCCAGGAUCCAGACACACCUGCAGAUGGUGCUAGGAAUUCGAAGCCAUACAGACGUCGAUUCCUCAUCUUAAUUCCUAUCCUAUCUCUAUCUCUCAUUACCAACAUAAUCACCCUUUCCAUCAUCCUCUCGAGCCCCAAACCCCAUCAAGCCCCAUCAAAAUACGCCAACCUUCACCUCACCCACACAGAACCUUAUGUUCUCCUAACCGACUACUCCUCUACCAACACCACCUUCACCGACACCCUCUGGCACUCGAUAAAUAUCGACAGCGGCGUUGUCGCUCUCUCCGACUCCUUCGCUGCAUCCCACAAUCUUCGCACAGCGCAACGUUUUCCUUGGGAUACCACCAAAGGAAUAUACAUCCUACAUGGCUUUCACAACCUGCACUGCCUAAAGAUUAUCUCCAUCAGUCUUUUCGAGUUUCAGAGCAACCGGACACAGUCAAGACCCUGGCACCAUAUCGCACAUUGUCUGGACGCGUUAAGACGACAGAUUCUAUGCGACGCAGAUGAUACACCCAGGGCCACAGAGAGGAGGGUCGAGGUCGUUAGUGGGGUCGGGCAGCAUCGGGUUUGUAGGGAUUGGGGGGAGUUGGAAAGUUGGGCGAAAGCCCAUACAGCUUGUUAUAAGCGCCCCGAGAAUCCGGGAGAUGAGGUUGGAUUGAAGAGGUUCAUGCACUGUCCGGAGGGGAGCGGAUAUGUGGUUGAUGAGGGGUAUGUGCCUGAGGACGAGAUUUUGGUCGGGUUGCCCGAAGAGUCGAUUGCGACGGAUGUGACUCGUGAGGUCUAG